AUGGCUAAUAAUAUACUAGCAAGAAGAGGACGUUGGGUUCAAGAAGAUGACGGAAGAGCAGCGGAUCGUGACAUGGAGAUGGAAGAGAUGAGAAGGACCAUACAACAAUUACAAACACAACUUCGACGUUACCAAAGGCAAGAACGACGAAGGAUUCCUAAGGAUGAUAACGAAGGGUCUGAUAUUAAUCCCUUUCAUGAUGUUGAUGAAGAUGACUCUAGCGAUAAUUCUGAUUUUGCUAGGAGACGACAAGAUGAUGAAUUUGAUCAUCCAAAAAGAAGGAGGACUCAUAUAAGGGAGAAAAGAGAUGAUGUGAAGGUUGAUGUUCCUGAUUUUGAUGGAAAAGCCCAAGGGGAUGCGUUUAUGGAUUGGUUACUCACUGUUGAACGAAUCUUUGAGUUCAAGGACUACUCUGAGGAGAAAAAGGUGAAGAUUGCUGCCAUCAAGCUUAAAGGAUAUGCAUCACUUUGGUGGGAGAAUCUUAAACGAGAAAGAGAAAGAGAAGGUCGUGGAAAGAUUCGAACGUGGGAGAAGAUGAAAAGAGAACUGCGUAGACGUUUUAUUCCUGAUACAUACAAGCAAGAAAACUAUCUGAAGUUUUAUAAUCUUCGUCAAGGAGACCUAACCGUGGAAAACUAUACUCGGGAGUUUGAAUAUCUCAUGAUUAAGUGUGAUACUCGAGAACAUGAGGAGCAAACUAUAGCAAGGUACAUUGGUGGGUUGCGGCUUUCCAUCGCAGAUGCUAUUCGACUGCAACCUUAUUGGACAUUUAAUGAUGUGCGAAAACUUGCUAUCAAUGUUGAACAGCAACAAAAGGAGCCGAAAAGAUCUUACCCCAAGAAGAACUAUUCUAACCAGGGGAAUAAUAAUAUUGGUGCUGGGAAUUCCAAGGCAAUUCAUAGAGGUAAUUCUUCUAAUUCAACUAAUGCUAAGAGUGAUGAGAAGAAACCUCAAGGGGAUUCAACUAGGAGAAAGUGUUUUAAGUGCCACGGUUUUGGCCAUCUACAAGCUGAUUGUCCCAAUCGAAAGCCUAUUAUGAUAGUUGAGGAAGAAGAUGGGGCUGAUCAUGAAGACAACCAAGAAUCUGAUCAAGUUGAUGAGGAACGUGAGGAUGCCGAAAUUGAAGCCGAUGAAGGUGCUUGUUUAGUUAUUCAGAGAAGCUUACAUGCUGGACAUAAAGAUGAAGAGUCAUGUCAAAGAGAAACACUUUUCCACACUAGGUGUACUUCACAUGGCAAGGUAUGUUCUGUGAUUAUUGAUGGUGGAAGUUGCACUAAUGCUGUUUCGGAAGAGAUGGUGACUAAAUUGGGUUUGAAGACUGAGAAACAUCCCAAGCCUUGCAACAUUAAGUGGUUACAAGAUGGUGGAGGUAUGAAGAUCACAAAAAGAUGUUUGGUCUCUUUUUCAAUCGGUAAAAUCUAUAAAGACCAGAUUUGGUGUGAUGUAAUGAGUAUGGAUGCUUGCCACUUAUUACUUGGCAGACCAUGGCAAUAUGAUAGGCGUGCUCAUCAUGAUGGAUACCUUAACACCUAUUCAUUUAUUGUUGAUGGACGUAAGAUAACUUUGAAACCAUUGCACCCAAGAGAGCUUAAUAAGAAGACCAAACCCAUGGGUGAUGAUGCCUUAUUGACCAGAUCACAAGUUGUUGGCCACAUUAAUAAAGGAGAGCCAUUGUAUAUUGCAAUAGCUAUAGAAGACUCACAAGAGGAGGAGAAAGAGUUAGAUGCACGAGCCAAAAAGCUACUUACUAAGUUUGAUGAUGUGAUCUCUGAGGAUGUCCCAUUAGAACUUCCACCUAUGCGUGAUAUUCAACAUCAAAUUGACCUUAUACCUGGGGCUUCUUUGCCGAACAAAGCUGCUUAUAGGAUGAAUCCUACACAACAAGCUGAACUCCAAAGGCAAGUUGAAGAGUUACUAGAGAGGGGCUUAAUAAGAGAGAGCCUUAGCCCUUGUGCUGUACCCGCUUUGCUUGUUCCUAAGAAAAAUGGAACCUGGAGGAUGUGUGUUGAUAGCCGGGCAAUCAACAAAAUCACCAUCAAGUAUCGCUUUCCAAUCCCUAGGUUAGACGAUCUAUUUGAUCAAUUGCAUGGUGCUAAAAUCUUUUCCAAGAUUGAUUUGAAGAGUGGAUAUCACCAGAUUCGUAUGAGAGAAGGUGAUGAAUGGAAGACUGCCUUCAAGACUACCCAAGGCUUGUAUGAAUGGUUGGUAAUGCCUUUUGGUUUGUCUAAUGCUCCGAGCACAUUCAUGAGACUUAUGACUCAUGUGUUUAGACCAUUCAUGGGGAAGUUUGUUGUUGUUUACUUUGAUGAUAUCUUAGUUUUUAGCAAGGAGGAAUUUGAACAUGAGAAACAUUUGGAGAAGGUUUUUGAAACCUUAAGAAGGGAGAAGUUGUAUGCACAACUCAAGAAGUGCAUCUUUUAUGCUGAUAACGUUUGCUUCCUUGGUUACAUAGUAACUAGUGCUGGUAUUCAAGCUGAUCCAAGCAAAAUAGAGGCAAUCUUAAGUUGGCCAACUCCUAGGUCAAUUUCAGACAUAAGGAGUUUUCAUGGAAUGGUGUCCUUCUAUAGACGGUUUAUUAAAGAUUUCAGCACGUUGGUUGCUCCUAUAACUGAGUGUUUGAAGGGAGGCAUAUUCAAGUGGAAUGAAGCUGCCCAAAAGAGUUUUGAAUUGAUCAAGAAUAAGAUGACACAAGCUCCUAUCCUUCAGUUACCAAACUUUAAUGAUCUAUUUGAAGUAGAAUGUGAUGCUUCAGGUGUUGGCAUUGGAGGAGUCCUUAGUCAAGAAGGUAAACCCAUUGCAUACUUUAGUGAGAAGUUGGGUGGACCUAAGCUUAGGUAUUCCACAUAUGAGAAAGAGUUUUAUGCUAUUGUUCGAGUUUUGCAACAUUGGAGUCAUUACUUGCUGCCCAGAGAGUUUGUUCUAUAUUCUGAUCAUGAGGCGCUAAAGUAUCUUAAUCAUCAACAAAAACUCAACGCGAGGCAUGCAAAAUGGAAAAACCCCCAGACCAGAUGUUUAGAAUCAAACAAGUAUCAACAGUCUGCUUUCUCUGCUUCUGCUGGGGAAUCAUUCGGCGGGUUAUAUCAACAGAAGAAAAGAAGAGAUUUCUAG